AUGGAACGCUGCCCUCAGACUACAUCCGAUGCCAGAGGGCCAGCAACAUUAUCAACAUCUCAUCAAGAAACUCAUACAGGUGAUGUGAAUUCUACACUAUCCCAACCUCGUGUUGCCCCAUCCUCAACUCCCAAGAUGGCGCGGAUGAAAUUCCCAACCUUUAGUGGGGAUUUGAAGGAUUACAGACGAUUCAAGGAGCUGUUUGUCCACUGUGCAGGAGGCUUAACUGAGAUUGAGUGCUUCUACCAGCUCACAGAGUCAAUGAUCAACAACAGAGAGCGCAACAUGAUAAAAGGAUGUGUUAGUGUUGCUCGUGCAUGGGAGAUAUUGGAUGAAUACUAUGGAGAUCCAGACAAGGUGGUUGAUAGUCUUCUAAAAGAACUUGAUGACCUGAAGCCAUAUGAACAUAAAGGAAAGAUUAGUCUACCUGCAAUGAAACGGUUUGUCCAAACCUUACUAACAUUUGAAAACCAAGCAGAGACUGUUGGCCUGGAAGGAGAGCUGAAUAGCAGGAUAAUGUUGAGCAACAUUAGACAGAAGCUGCCAGAAGAGCAUCGCAUAGCUUUCUUCAAGAGUGUGAGAGAUGAGCAUACUUCUGAUACAUUGACUGGCCUUUUGAAGUGGCUCUACAGCCAGUUGCUAUUGCUUGAUAAGGCCAAGCUUACUCAUGCAGAGACACCAAUGCCAUCUAAAAAUGACAAGACCAGUAGGUGCUCUAACUCCGCCACAGUUCAUCCCUCUCCAAAACAACGUGGGAAAGGUUCUCAACCCGAGGUGCCAAAGUGUGCAUUACACAGGGAUUCUCGCGCACACUAUCUCAAAACCUGUAAGAAGUUCCGUGGACUAGAUCUGAAAGAGAAAUAUGAUAUUAUGGAGAAGAAUAACAUUUGCAGGCGUUGUGGGCAUAACAACUGUGCAGCUGGGAAACCUCCACAUAAUCUCAGAUCCUGUCAAUUUGCUUCCCCCUGUAUUAUCCGCACAUGUGGAAGUGAUUCUCAUUUCUCAGCUAUCUGUCCAGUGGUGUAUGGGAAUAGUGCAAGUUCCUCAAGCCAGUGGAUUGAACCCUCAGGGCUGUUGAAUGCCAGUGCAAGUUCCUUUGUUCCAGACCAAACUCAAGCUAAUGUUUAUACUGCCACAGGAACUCAAUUAAGUGGUAUUCUCCCAACAGUUAUGGGGUACGUUCGGAUUCGCAACACUCGUCAUUUGGUUCGCAUACUGCUUGAUGGUGGUAGUCAGGCAACCCUUAUCAGAGAGGGGAUCCUACCUAGGAUGGAAGAUGAUAGGUACCAAGAUCAUGAGCUAACACUGGUUGGAGGUAAAAUGAUUUCACGUAAAUUAAGACUGAUCGAUUGCUACCUAGAGGAUCUGGAGAGUAAACGGUCUUACCCACUAACAAUGACAGAGAUCGACAAGCCUUGUGGGAAUGCUCCAAUCAUUCAAGCUGAAGAUCUUAACCAAUAUGACCACUUGAGAGGUGUCGAGAUCAACACACCUGCUUCUACAACCAUUGAUGUACUGCUGGGAGUAGAUAACACCAAUCUGAUGAUCUGGGAAGAGUAUGUACGUGGUCAUAAAUCACAAGAUCCUAUUGCUGUUCGUUGCCCACUUGGAUGGUACAUCCAGGGAGGCCGUUUUGCAGGUGCCAAUCCACUCUUGAACUACCUGAACAUCUCAGCCACCGGACCAGUAGAAGAGUUCAUGGGUCUUGAGACGGUUGGUCUUGAACCACGGAGAUGUCAUUGCGCAGAUGAAGUGUUGAAUAAGAGUGCGACCGAGUCAAUGCAGAAGAGUGUCACUCAACUUCCUGAUGGAUCGUACCAGAUAGAUCUACCAUGGAAGAAGCAACCAGACGAUCUUCCAGACAAUUACUUGUAUGCAGUUAAGAGAUUGAGAAGUCUGGAGCACCAGUUUGCUAACCGUCAAGAAGAAUGGGAGGUAUACUGCAAACAGAUGAAGGACCAGCAAAUGAGGGGCGUCUCCCGUCAUAUCAGUAAAGCACAGUUACAGAAAGAGAGAGAUGAAGGAAAGAAAAUGUGGUUCCUACCUCAUUUCGCUGUCAAGAAGGACUCCAAGUCAACCCCAGUACGAGUGGUAUAUGAUGCCAAAGCAAGAUUCCAGGGCCAUUCACUCAAUAGAUAUCUUGUGAAGGGUGACAACAUCAACAAUGACAUUUUUGAUGUUGCCUUAAGAUUCAGAGAAAAUGAAGUUGGUGUCAUAGCAGAUAUCUCUAAGAUGUUUCAAGCAAUCAAGAUAAGACCUGAUGAUGCCCGCUUUCAUAGAUUUCUGUUCCGUGAGAAGCCUACUGAGCCCAUUGAAGUCUAUGAACUGACAACAGUAACCUUUGGGGAUAAGCCGUCUCCAACAGCUGCGAUUGUGACAUUACGGCAUGUAGUCGAAGAGCAUGCACCAGAUGAUGAGCAGCUGAGAAAAGUCAUCACUGAUCAGUUUUACAUGGAUGACCUCAACGAGUCAGUAGCCAAUGUGCAAGAAGCUCUUGAUCUGAAAGUAAAACUUACUGAGACUCUCAGGAAGGGUAAAUUUGCCAUAAGAAAAUGGCAAUCAAAUGCCAAAGUGAUUUGUGACGAGUCAGAAGAUGACAGCAAUGCUAUGGUACUUGGGACCAAGUGGGAUCUCAGCAAAGACACACUGAAGGUUAAAGAAGUCAACCCAUGUAAAGAUGCUCCAACAAAACGUAACAUUCUGGGACAGCUAGCUUCUUACUAUGAUGUCUUCGGCAUCCUAUCAGGGAUUCUUGUACGUCCAAAAAUACUCUUGCAGAAGUUAUGGCAACUGAACUUUGACUGGGACACGUGCCUGGACAGGAAGAGUACACUGUAUGCUAUGCUAGACGGGAUAUACAAGGACCUCCAGCAGAUCGAUGGUGUAGAAAUUCCUAGAUGCUUGAUUCCAACACAAUUCAAGGGAAUGAGACCACUACCUGAGGUUUCUCUACACGGAGCGAGUGACGCAUCGGAAGAUGCAAUGGGUAUGGUGGUCUGGUUGAGAUGGUCUCACCCUAAGGACACUGAUGCUCAUUUAUCAUUUGUUUGUGCACGAGCCAGAGUCACUCCUUUGAAACAGCGCAAGGAAUUUUGUGUGUGUUAUUGUCUUCAGUUAGGCAUUCAUGUGGAUGAAUAA